GGCCAUGGCUCCUCAGAGCUGCGGCCUACAUAACUAAAUGGAUGGACAGGUUGUCAGGUGAGAUCAAGGGAAGGCAGAAUGGGUGCAACAGCGCGUUCCUUCUAGAAGGAAACCAUUCAAAAACACCCACUCCAGUUAGAUUUCACCCUGGCUGAUUUGACGAAACAAGCUGUCCAGGUGCCAAGCUUCCAGACAUGAGGGCUUGUGUGUCUUUGGCCUCCAAAAACCGCAUCAUUGGAAACGCAGCCAAAAGUCAAGUCAUAACAAACUUCAAGAACACAGUCCAUGGCUUCAAAAAGUUCCACGGCAGAGCAUUUGAUGACCCAUUUGUCCAAGCGGAAAAACCCAAACUGCCUUACAGCUUACAUAAACUGGCCAAUGGAAAUGCUGGCAUUAAGGUGCGAUAUUUGGAUGAGGACAAAGUGUUCACAGUGGAGCAGAUCACAGGGAUGCUGCUCAACAAGCUGAAGGAGACGUCAGAGAGCGCUCUGAAGAAGCCGGUGGUGGACUGUGUCAUCUCCGUCCCAAGUUUUUUCACAGAUGCUGAAAGACGAUCAGUGUUUGAUGCGAGUCAGAUCGCAGGGCUGAACUGUUUACGGCUAAUUAAUGAUACAACUGCAGUGGCUUUGGCCUAUGGGAUCUACAAACAAGACCUUCCGACUCCAGAAGAGAGGCCAAGAAACGUGGUAUUCGUGGACAUGGGACAUUCAUCUUUCCAGGUCUCCAUCACUGCCUUCAACAAAGGGAAGCUCAAAGUCCUUGCCACGGCAUUUGACCCCUACCUCGGUGGGCGCAAUUUUGACGAGGUGUUGGUAGAUUACUUCUGCGAGGAGUUUAAGGGCAAGUACAAGCUCAACGUGAGGGACAACCCAAGGGCUCUGCUGCGGCUGCACCAGGAGUGCGAGAAACUGAAGAAGCUGAUGAGUGCCAACUCCUCCGAUCUGCCGCUGAACAUAGAGUGCUUCAUGAACGACAUCGAUGUCACCAGCAGGAUGAACAGGGCCCAUUUUGAAGAAAUGAGUGCUCAGUAUCUGAUGAGAGUGGAGAUGCCACUGAAGACAGCGCUUGAACAAUCAAAGCUGAGCCGGGACGACAUCUAUGCAGUGGAGAUAGUCGGAGGUGCGACGAGAAGCCCGGCCAUCAAAGAGAGAAUCAGCAAGUUCUUCGGCAAAGACGUCAGCACCACACUCAACGCGGACGAAGCAGUCGCCAGAGGCUGUGCACUUCAGUGUGCGAUUUUGUCACCAGCGUUUAAGGUGCGGGAAUUCUCCAUUACUGACGUGGUUCCCUUUCCCAUUACUCUUCGCUGGAAGUCACCAACAGAUGAUGGACUGGGAGAGUGUGAGGUGUUCAGUAAGAAUCAUGCUGCUCCGUUUUCCAAAGUGAUCACCUUUCACAAGAAGGAGCCCUUUGACCUUGAGGCCUUCUAUAGCAGCCCUCAGGAGCUCCCCUACCCAGACCACAGGAUAGGGUGUUUUUCUAUCCAGAACGUGGUUCCCCAGCCAGAUGGAGACAGCUCUAAAGUGAAGGUCAAAGUGCGAGUGAACGUCCACGGCAUCUUCAGCGUGUCGAGCGCCUCUCUGAUCGAGAAGCAGAAAGGAGAGGGAGAGGAUAUGCAAAUUGAUUCUGAGCCAAUGGUGCAGAAUGAGGGGAGGGCAGAGGACCAGACUAAAAUGCAGGUGGACCAGGAUGGCCAGAGCCAGGGUGACCAGCAGAACGAAGACAACAGUACCAGCAGUAAGGAGGGGGCGGCUGGGGAAAAGCAGGACCCAGCAGCAGGAGGAAGCAAGCCCAAAGUCAAGGUGAAGAGUAUCGAUCUGCCCAUAAUGGCCAACAACAUUCGACAGCUCGACAGCGAUGUCCUUAACGACUUUGUGGAGUAUGAGCGUCAGAUGAUUAUCCAGGACAAACUGGUGAAAGAGCUGAAUGACUCUAAAAAUGCUGUUGAGGAGUAUGUAUACGACCUGCGGGACAAACUCUCUGGGAUCUAUGAAAAGUAUAUCACUGAGGAUGACAGUAACCGGCUGACGCUGAUGCUGGAGGACACAGAGAACUGGCUGUAUGAGGACGGAGAGGACCAACCCAAACAAGUCUAUGAGGAGAAGCUCGGUGCACUCAAGAGGUUGGGUCAACCCAUUCAGGACCGGCACAGAGAGCACGAGGACAGGCCGAGGGCUUUUGAUGAGCUGGGAAAGAAACUGCAACUCUACAUGAAGUUUGUGGAUUGCUUUAAACAGAAGGACGAGCGAUACCUGCAUUUGAGUGCUGAGGAAAUGAGCACUGUGGAGAAGUGUGUGGGUGAAAGCAUGGGCUGGAUGAACAGCCAGAUGAACUCACAGAGCAGACUCACCAUUACUCAAGAUCCUGUAGUUAAAGUAGCAGACAUCAUUGCCAAAAUACAGGAACUAGAGGAUGUAUGUAAUCCAGUCAUCAACAGGCCAAAGCCCACGGUGGAGGAGGCUGCUGAAGUCAAUGACCAAAACAGUGGAGCUCAUAAUGGCCCGACAGCAAAGCAAGGAACAGAAGGGAAGGGCGAGGCGAAGGGAAGCCAGCAGACAAAGCCUGGCACAAAAGAGAUGGAGGUGGACUGAGAUCAGUGUCUGAAAGGCAAACUCUGCAACCAUCACCGCGUUUACCACAACUGACCAUUUAGACAGUAGAAACAUCAGUACCUGGGACCAUUUCUCCAUCGACACCAGCCACCUUAGUGGGUUUGGUUUUUUUUGUGCCCCCCCCCCCCCCAAUUGGACUUUACCUCCUGUGUGACAAUGAAUUGCUUUACUCUCUCAAAGGUUUGACAUGACUAAUAAAUGAAGGAAUCAUGCAAUAGAUUAAACUGAUGUAAAACUGUUUCCUCUGUACCACCGUACAGGAAGGUACCACCUGUGUUUGCAUUCCAUGUGUCUCUUAAGUAUCAGCAGUAAAUCCUAUCAGUCAUAAGAGAAAAUUUCUACUGCAGAACUAUUAGUUUGUAUGCAAUAAUACAAAUUAUAUAUUUGUAGUUAAUGAAUUUGAAAUCAUGUCCAUGUCUAGAGACUGUAAAUACUAUUUUAGUAAAUAAAAGCAGCCAACAUAUAUAUGUACAUAAAGAACAUAUUCCUAGUACAGUGGCAAUGCUUGACACACCAAAUCUCUUAGUAAGUGAUUGGUUUCCUAUUUCCUUUUUUUUGUUUUCUUGCAUUUUUCCAUAAUUAAGUCCUGGGAUUUAAAGAUGGCAAAAAAUAAAUACAUUUGUCUGUAAGACAAAAUUUC